AUGUUGGAUCGAACGAUCAAACAACAAGUAGUCCUGGCGGGAUACAUUUCCCGCAUGUGGGUAAACCUACAAAAAUUAGGACAAGCCAAAAUUACGGCGUACGAAGUCUCUAGCCGGCUGGCGCGCCUCGAUGACUAUUGGAGGCGUUAUCAGGACGUGCACUUCAAAAUCGCGGCCGAUCCCGAGGCUGACAGAACGGACUACAUAAAGAAUGACUACUUCACCACCACUGAAGAGGAGUAUUUUGGUAUGCGUAGCAAACUUAAUGAUCUUUUCGUUCAUCUAAGUAGAGCGGGAGCUGCGCUGGAGGUGCAACGGCCGUGGAGCCCGGGGCCGAGCUCCACGGCCGUUGCACCGGUGCUUAGACAAAUGCAGCUUCCGAAACUGGAAUUAUCGAAAUUCUCCGGCGAUCAACUCGAGUGGGAGGGAUUUCGAAACUUAUUUCGUUCGCUAGUCCAUGACGUCACGGGGGUUCCUAAGGUGCAGAAGCUGCAGUAUUUGAUGGGGUGCUUGACCGGUGAAGCAGCGGAGGUCGUCGCGGGCGUUCCAUUGACGGACGGUGCCUACGAUGGGGCGUGGCAGGAUUUGAUGGUCCGCUACGACAACCCGCGCGUCCUACUCUGCGCCCACAUGCGUCAUUUGAUCUCUUGCCCGGCCGCCGGCAAAUCUUCGGCUGGUGAGAUCAAGCGGCUGUUGGGCGUGCUCAACCAGGCGAGGCGCGCGUUUGCCUCAUUGGGGCGGCCAGUGGAGACGUGGGACGAUUGGUUCGUCCACCUGCUCGUUAGCAAGUUGGACGCCACGACGCGGAUGCACUGGGAGACGUCGCUCUUGGAUUCGCGCGAUUUCCCGACGUUCCAGCAGUUACAGGUCUACCUGGAAAAUCGAGUACGCGCUCUGGAGGCGGCUAGGGCGGACGCCCCCCUCCCGCGGGGAGGACCAGGAGUGAGUGCGAAACCCACGCCUAGGGCCACGCGCGUCGCAUGCAGCACGGCCGUGACUCCGAAAACGAAGUCGAAGACGUGCUCUCUUUGCCAGGGUGCGCACGCUUUAACAUUCUGUCCAAAAUACAAGGCGUUGCCAGUCGCUCAGCGCGCGGACCAGGUAAAAAAGCUUGGCGCGUGUUUGAACUGCGUCAAGCCAGGACAUCAGGCGGACUCUUGUCCGGCUAGCGGUCGUUGCUUGGUGUGUGGCACGAACCAUCACACUACGUUGCACGGACUUAAUUUUAGGCAAUCUAGAGGCACCUCCAGGGACGAGCCGAGAGGAACGGAAGAUACGGCCGCUGAAACUAACUCCUUGAGUGCAGGGGUGAGCUCGGCGGUCGCUACCAGCGGAAGAACCGUCUUGCUGACCACGGCUCAGGUUCUGCUUGAAGGAUCAUCCGGCAGGCAGCUGACGGUGCGAGCCCUGCUUGAUAGUGGGUCAGAGGCUUCCUUUAUAACAGAGAGUGCUGCCCAACUGUUGCGCGCGCCGCGCCGCCGAGUCCGGGUGGCGGUAUCCGGUCUGCAGGGCACGCGAACUGGAGAAGCCGCUACCACGGUCAAUCUUAUUAUCAAGUCCCGAAAGGACCCAACGUUCCGUCUCGAGACGGAGGCAUUCGUGCUUCGGCGACUGACGGGUCUACUCCCCCCUGAACGCGUUGCGGCGCGUGUAUGGCCGCACCUAACGAAUCUUCCGUUGGCCGACCCGGACUUUGCGUCGCCAGCUGCGGUAGACGUCGUCCUUAGCGCCGAUAUUUAUGGACGGGUGAUGCGACCUGACAUUCGCCACGGUGGACCGGGAUCUCCUUCGGCUCACCUCUCCGCUUUCGGCUGGAUCCUGACGGGCGCGGUGGACUCCGGGGAGAAGGCUGCAGUUGCUGCGCACACUGUGUCUGUGCUGCUGGCAGAGCCCGUUGAUGAACUCACGAUAGCUCUUAAGCGUCUGUGGGAGCUCGAGGAGCUUGACGAUCGGCGCGUUCCGACGAGGACCAAGCGGAGGAGCACUUCCGACAGACGCACUAUCGGGACGCGUCGGGUCGAUACAUCGUGCGGCUGCCCUGCCGUCCGGAUCGGCUUGGUUGGCUGGGCGAGUCGCGCUCGGCCGCGCGGUCUAUGUUGCUCGGCUCGGAGCGGCGUUUGGCGAAAAAGCCAGAACUGCAGAAACGAUAUACCGACUUCAUGGUGGAGUAUCUCGCGCUGGAUCACAUGGGUCCGGUGCCGGAGGACGUUCCUGACCCAUCGGUGUGCUACUAUCUGCCUCACCACGCGGUCUUCAAGGCUGGAGAUCCCUCAGGGAAAAUACGCGUGGUUUUUAAUGCAUCUUUUAAAACGACAUCUGGUUAUUUGCUGA